UCGCAGAGUUGCAGACUCGCAGACUCCCAGUGGCCAACAACCGGCCGCAACAGCGACCAGCACCAGCACCAGCACCAGCCCACCACGUGUGGAUGACAGCGAGCGGCGGACUAUUCCACAGGAGGCUGUCGAUUUGCGGCAAGAUCAACCAUCCCAGGCUCGGUGCGGGUAUCGCUAUGGGGAGGGAGAGAUCGUCAGACAGGCACCAUCGUAAGCCACUGGUGCGCUUGCGACCACGCUCCAUUCCAACGUUGGCGAGAUGUGAUGGAGUGACAGAACGGUGAGCGGCUGUUAAUGUGUACAACCUACUCUACUCUGGAUAGGAUUGUGGCUCGUCACGUCAGCAAAUGCUUAAUCCUGUGCCGCACGACAUCCGGCAGGAGCAGCCGACCGGAGAGUUUAUCCUGGUUGUGAUACCUAUUGCAUCUUAUCUAUCCGAUCUGCUUCCGCCUAUAUACAAUGAGUGUAUGGCCGCUGCCGCCCGACCGCCGACCGCCGGGCUACAUCACGUUGGGUCAAUUAGGAUUAUCAAUGUCCGCGCUGGCUUCUCACGGACUCGGGGUGCACCUACUCUAUGGAAUGCCAUAAGAAAAAAAUUGGGUUGUCCCGCGGGCAAUUGCGAAUCAGUUACAAACUGGAAGCACAAAGAAUCGGAUCGACAUCUCGAUGGCAUCAACUCUAGAGUCUACUACCGUACUCUACACACGUCCAGCAGCUUCCUUCCCUCCUCUCCCCCUUCCAGCAAGGACGCAUCCAUCAUCACCGCCACCACCGCUACCACCACCACCGCCGCCAAGCAAACGCAUCCGAUCCGGCCUUUGCACGCGAGCCAGCCAGCGUGCUGCGUGCGCAGACGAGCACCAUUUCGUUCUGGCUGGCAGCUGCUGCCCGUUCCGUUUGCACCGAGAAGCCGCUAUCCGGCAGUUCCAGCUCGUGCUCUACCGUACAUAACUCCUCGCACUACCGUACGAGCUGCUUGAGGGAGCUGCCUCGAUCCUGCACGCCAUCUCGCUGGGCACUGAGCCCUCGCUACCAACAACAACCACUUCCCGAUCUCCGGCAGCCCGCAUGCAUGCAGAGAGGGACGGGGGGCAGAGAACCGGAUACUGUCCGGUGCAAACAAUUGCUCCCAGCUAUGGUAGGUGGCCAUCACUCCCACUCCCGCUCCCCUUCCUCCACCCACCACCCACCC